UAACAGGGUUACUGGGCUCAGGACAUCUGACACAGAAAGAUGUUUUCGUGUUGUGUGCCGAGUUUCAGGGGCUCUGGAACGCUCCAGAGGACAUGGUGGAGGAGGUGAAUGAGGAGAUUGCCUGCUCUCCUUCCUCCAAGGACAAGAAGCCGCACACGGCCAACAGAGUCUGGCGCUGGCUCAGGGGGAAAAAUGGUUCAACCAGGAAGAGGACAAGGACCUCACUGCUGAUGGCAGAGCGGGCCGACAAGCUGGAGGCCGCAAUUGAUAAUCUGGUGCCUGCCAUCCUCAGACAAGAUCUAUACUGUGUCCACACCUUUCUGGACACAUACUACACCUUUGCCAGCACCGAGGAGGUGCUGGACCAACUAUGUGCAAGAUUCGGAUGCUAUUACUCCACGUAUGAAGAGGUCAAGAGAUCCCAGGAGCAGCGCGACAUGUGAGUAAGCUUUGGCUGCUCCAGGAGGGCCUUCCCUCUCCAGCAGGGCAGUGAGGGUACUGUGAGUUCGAGGGGCUGCUGGACCUUCACGCACACCUCUGUGAUUCCUGCUUUAGGGUAAAGGUCUGAGAGCUUCUACUGGAAACUGGGAAGGUGCCCUGGAGAGCUGGGGUAGGUGUAUGAGCACUGUGGGAGAACAGAGGGGCAUGGAGGACAGCUUCAACCCCUGAGAGGGUCAUGCUCCAUCCCUGCCCCCUCCCAGCCCUCUCUCUGCCCCAAUUCUGGGACCCAGAACGCAGGAUUUAGGAACCAUCGCACAGCAGUCUGUUGGCACCUGCACGCUGGGUGCUCAGAGGGGGCUCAGGGAGAGUGGUGACCCAGUAGAGCCCAGGGAGCAGCAGACAUCCCACACCCUGUGGGAGGUGAGUGUCAGUGGAAACA